AUGGAAACGAGCUCGCUUUUGUUUCCGAAGAUGGAUCCAGAUGGGCAAUACGGGAUGGUCGUGUUCGACUCCAUCGACCAAGACGAACUCUAUCCGUACAACUGGGCUGAGCGCGUUCGGAAGGAUGUGUCAGCUACUGCUGUUUUCACAGUCGGCAAAGAGGAUAAAGGUGAGCUAGUUGUGACCAUGCGCCGUGCGGCGUUCUUAAAGAUUUACCGACCUCACUUCUCGCUCUCCGAGGACGUACUGCAAGAACUUGCGACGGGUGAUGUCAUGCUCAAGACCGUGCGUAGUAUUGUGAUCGUGCGAUUCUGA